CUAUGAGUCGAGAUCUUUUUCAGUGUGCGGGCAUUUCCAAAAGCUGUAACAGGUUGUGACUAAAGCAACAGAAUGGCGCCAAAUAAUAGCAUUGAAUACGACGCUGAUGAAUUGGAGGCACCUGCUUGGCUGGACGAUGUGUUCUUCACCAAAGUGUUGCGCAAUUGCGAAACCGAUGCCAAAGAUUUGCAUUUGAAUAAAUUGGAAUUGUUUCCUGCCACACUCAAAGGCGAUCACUAUGCGAGCGUUAUGUUUCGUGCCGUUGUCGAGUACGAGUGCGAUGGGCAGGAUAGGACAAAACGGUUGAUUGUUAAAACAAUGCCGUUUGAAGGGCACAAGAAGGAUGUGUUUGAGGAGUCAAUAAUAUUUGAGACUGAAAUCGGCAUGUACACGCAGGUGCUACCACGUUUCGAGCAGAUAUUACGAGAUAUCGGCGAUGAUACAAUACUCAAGGCACCCAUACUCUUCCAUGAGUUAAGCCCCAGAAAGAUUAUAAUAUUCGAAGAUAUAGUACCGUUGGGCUAUGAAGUGCUGCGCGGCCGUUAUGCAAAUGCCGAGGAGAUUAAGCAGUCCUUCGUGAAGCUAGCCAAAUGGCAUGCCAUAAGCUACAAAAUAAAUAUAGAAGAACCAGGAUAUUUUGACGAAUAUCAUAUAGGCAUAUUCUCUAUGCCAAAUCUCGAUGGAAACUUGCUAAUGACGCAAGGCAUUGAUGUUUUAAUUCAGCAAUUGGAGACAAUGCCUAAAAUGCAAAAAUAUUUGCCAUUUAUUCAGUCGAUACAAGGAAAAUUAUUUGAAGGCACCAAGCGCACGGCCAAGGAAUACUUCGAUGCGCCGAAGGAAGAUGCCAUUUAUGUGUUGUGUCAUGGCGAUUUUCACGACAAAAAUAUGAUGUUCAAGCGCGACCCGAACUCGGGUAAACUAUUGGAUGUCAUGUUAUUAGACUACCAGCUGUCCUAUGUCGGUCCACUAGUCAACGAUCUAAUUUACUCGUACUUCAUGAUGCUGGACUCAGAACAGCGUGGCGAUUUUGAGCAAUGGCUUUAUUUCUAUUACACACAUUUCAAGGAAACACUGCAAAAAAUUGGAUUUGAAGGACGAAUUCCGAGCUUGCUGCAAUUGCAUGAACAACGCUGGCAGCAUAGAUACUUUGAGCUCUUUCUGCUUAUGACAUAUUUACCUGCAUGGACAACCAUUCGCCGUGGUGAAGCUGACCUAGAAGGCGCAUUUACAUCCAAUGCUGUCCACAAGCAACUAUAUGCGGAUGAAGAGUUCCUCGUAGAGUUCGAAAAGCUUAUGCGAAAAUAUCUGCAUUUGGGCUAUUUCGAAGAGAAUUAGACUUUGAAUAAUGUGUGAGACUUAAGGACAAAAAUCAAUUGCAAUCGUUUUAUACUUGGCGUCAUUUGUUCAACCUCCACUUCAACAGCUUAAAAUAAUUUAAGUUUUCGAUUUGUUUACUGUUACCUAUUGUUGAAAUAUUAGUAUUAAUUAAAAAAUUGUUGGUAAAAAUA